UUUCUUUUUGGCCCCUCUCCCCUUUAUGACCCAUUGCUCGUCGGUCAUGGCAUUCUGGCCUUUAUCAGACUUUGGGAUCGCAGCUUGGCUGGAACAUGCAUUUCUCAAGGAAUUCCAUGUAACAGGCACUUUGGUCAUCGUAUUCUUCGCACUACUCUGGUUGUCCUGGACGCAGUCCCACAGGGAGGAUCAAGCGCGUUCAAGAGCCGCCCUCCGAGCUCUUCUCACCGUCAUCACACCGUCGUGCUCCUUCUGGCCAUCUCGAUACACGAAACUGGUCAAGCAAGCCAGCGUUCGUGCCAACGACUGCAUCGUGUUGCCCUUCGACAUGGUCAUCCAGGAUGUUCUCGAAGGCGUGAUCGAAUUCCGAGAUCCCCUAAUUGACAUAGUUGACUUCACUGGCGGGAUAAAAGUGAACGGUUGGAAUAUAUGCGUCCACCUGGAGUGGAAACUGUGGGUUGACGCCAUGGAAUUAUGGCUCAGCCACAAGGCGGACCGAGGGCUUGGCUUGUUUGGGUGGCCGACAUCAAGAUCUCCUGUUGACCCCUUUCUGCUCCUCUUUUGUCCCUUUGUGGCAAGUCGGCCGUCCGGCGAUCACAUCAAUCUCGACUGCCAGCCCUUCUCAAGCACCAGGAACAUAAAGCCCGGGGCACGACUGACGUUGGAAUUUACGUCGCUGUCCAUGGCCAUAAGACCGUGCAGUGCAAACCACGUUCUCGCGCUGCUUCCGUUCAUUCUUUGCACACGAGAUUCCUGCGGACCUCCGCGACGCCCAAGACAAUUAUCCUGCGUCUUGGACAUGCUAGGCACCUUGGCUCACGCAACAAGGCAAGGUAAUAUAGUUGUGCGCUCGGCCACGAACAUGUCAAUGCUCUACCACCAAGAGCUGCUGCGUCUGUAUGAGCGCAUCUCUGAAAACGGAGAGUUUCGCAAGAUGUUGAUCAAUGCCUUUGGUAUUCGGAAGUGGCGACAACAAAGAGUUUGUUUGGCCCUUGAAGCUGUCCUUGUACGCCGGGGGCUAAUCGAGAAGUGGGUGAUCGAAGCAUCGGUGGAGGAAAGCUUGGUUUAACGAGGACCUACGAAGAAUGCAAA